CCGCCGUUUUCAAUAGCUGCUUCUUACUUGUUAGUUCAUAUCCCUAGAAGAGCUUGAGAAGGCUAAAUCAGCCACGGCGAUGAAGCAGUUACUGACCUUGGCGCGACGGUCACAGAUACGUUUAUGUCUCAAUCAAGCGAUACGAUUAGCCUCAUCAGCCGUCGCAUACGUAUCUCCGUUCACAACUCCGGCGACUCUUUCCCCUCCGCCGCCGCAUGUUCUGCCUUACGACAACGCGGCGGAGAUUGUGAAUUCGAAACUGAAGAAGCUUGAGAAUCCGGAUUCUAGAUUCCUCAAAUACGCAUCUCCACAACCGAAACUUGCCUCGCACGAUCAUAUCUUGUCUGCUCCGGAGACUCGCGUUACCACUUUACCCAAUGGACUUCGUGUCGCCACUGAGUCUAACCUCUCAGCUAAAACUGCAACCGUCGGUGUCUGGAUUGACGCCGGAUCGCGUUUUGAGUCGGAUUCGACAAACGGUACGGCACAUUUUCUGGAGCAUAUGCUAUUCAAAGGCACGGAGAGGCGUAGCAGGAGAGAAUUGGAGGAAGAAAUCGAGAACAUUGGAGGUCAAUUAAACGCGUAUACGUCGAGAGAACAUAUCACAUUGUACGCUAAGGUGUUGGAUACGAAUGUGAACCAGGCGUUGGAUAUAUUAGCUGAUGUAUUUCAGAAUUCUGAGUUUAGGGAAGCAAGAAUCAACGAAGAACGAAACGUGAUCUUGAGGGAAAUGCAGGAGGUUGAGGGAGAAAUACAGGAAGUUGUGCUUGACCAUUUGCAUGCAACUGCCUUCCAACACACACCUCUGGGAAGAACUAUAUUGGGACCUGCUGAAAAUAUCAAAUCAAUCACCAGGGAUGAUCUUCAGAACUUUAUAAAGAACCACUUUACAGCUCCCAGAACGGUUAUUGCUGCUGCAGGAGCUGUCAAACACGAGGAAUUUGUUGAGAAAGUGAAGGAAUCAUUUACGAAUUUGUCCUCUGAUUCAACAUCAACUUCUCAGUUGGUCGUCGAGGAACCUGCUAAGUUUACAGGCUCUGAGGUUCGUAUGAUUAAUGAUGACCUACCUCUGGCACAAUUCGCCAUUGCGUUUGAGGGAGCAUCUUGGACAGAUCCGGAUUCUGUUGCUCUUAUGGUUAUGCAAACUAUGCUGGGAUCAUGGAAUAAAAGUGUUGGUGGGGGCAAACACAUGGGCUCUGAGCUGGCCCAGAAGGUUGCCAUUAGUGAAAUAGCUGAAAGCAUUAUGACAUUCAACACCAACUAUAAGGAUACUGGUCUUUUUGGCAUUUAUGCUGUUGCUAAGCCUGAUUGCUUGGAUGAUCUAGCACAUGCCAUUACGUAUGCGGUAACCAAGCUAGCUUACCAGGUCUCAGAAGAUGAUGUGACACGGGCACGGAAUCAGCUGAAGUCUUCUUUAUUGCUUAACAUGAAUGGAACUACCCCAGUUGCUGAAGAUAUAGGUCGUCAGCUGCUGACAUAUGGUCGUAGAAUCCCAACUGCUGAGUUAUUUGCAAGGAUCGAUGCUGUUGAUGCCAGCACAGUGAAAUAUGUUGCCAACAAAUACAUCUAUGACAAGGACAUGGCUAUCUCAGCCAUUGGUCCAAUCCAAGAAUUACCAGACUACAACUGGCGGGUCGGAUCUCUUCCUGGAAUCUCGACUCAACGAUUGCAGCCGCAACCCAAUGGCAUCUCCUUUCCCUCCCAUGUUUCUCAGAAUCAGUCUACAUUCUGGAGGUUGCGUGCAACAACCAAUGAGGUUGUUUCUAACUCUACUCCAAUGACUAAUGGUGGGUAUAUGAACGGAAAAGUGAAAACCAAUGAUCCCGAACCCGCCGAGCUCUCUGAAUUUAUGGCUAAAGUCUCAGGUCUUCUUAAGCUUGUGGAUUCAAAAGACAUAGUGGAACUUGAACUGAAGCAACUCGACUGUGAGAUCGUUAUUCGAAAGAAGGAAGCUUUACAGCAAGCUGUACCACCAGCUCCAGUUUAUCACUCGAUGCCUCCUCCUUUAAUGACAGACCUUUCAAUGCCUCCAGCUCAACCAGUGGCUCCUCCUCCUCCUUCUCCUACUCCUUCCUCAACCCCUGCAACAGCAAAACCAACAACCGCCCCAUCCUCAUCUCAUCCUCCACUCAAGAGUCCUAUGGCUGGUACUUUCUACAGAUCUCCUGGACCUGGUGAACCACCUUUUGUCAAGGUUGGAGACAAGGUGCAGAAAGGUCAAGUUGUUUGCAUUAUCGAAGCUAUGAAACUGAUGAACGAGAUUGAGGCUGAGAAGUCAGGAACCAUCACUGAAUUACUGGCUGAAGAUGGAAAACCAGUUAGCAUUGACACGCCUCUGUUUGUCAUCCUACCUUAAAUCGAAGAAGUAUCCUUUGAGCUGUUUUGAAACAUCUUCAAAGUCUCGGUUUAGCUAUACCGACGUGCUGAAAAUCAUCAAGUAAAUUGUUCAGCUCAGG